AAUAUGUAAUUGAUUGAUUUUUAAUUGCUAGGUUUACCGUAAUCUAUGAAACUGUGGUUCUGAGGCAUGGGACACAAAGCUUUGAUUUUUUUUUGAAAGUAUAAGCUUGAGCAAGUUGUUUAAAAUUAAAACAGUAACAAAAAACAUGUUCGUAGGAAAAAAUUUGUUAUUGAAUUCUUAUGUUACAAAAAUAAUCUGUGUAUUAAAUUAAAAAAAGACAGCAUUUCCUUUUGAAGUGCUCCUUUUUGUAGAUUUUUUGUUAUGUUUUUACAAGAAACUAUUUGUACUAACAUUGAGUAUAUAAAUUCCCACCAAAAAUAUGUCUUCAAUUGUUUUUACACAUAAAAUAGUGGCCCUAGAAAAAUUUUGCAAACAUUCUGCAAUUAAAUGUGUCAAACUUUAUUUAACUGAUACGCCCGGACCCUUCACAAGACCGGAUGAAUUGGUAUAUUAUGUUCCAAAAAUAGAGGAUAAAUUUUUGUAUAUAAAUCGAAAUAAAUCAAACGAAAUAGUAGCGCGUCAAAUUUUCCUUAAUACUCCUUUAUCUGAUGUUGAAACUAGAAUGUUAAACGAUAUUCGAGACAUCUUUAUUCUCCGUAGUAUCCCUUUGCCAAGUUAUAUGGAGUCCUAUUUAUUACGAGCUUGUGUACAUAAUUUACGUAUUUAUGGUGAAGACCUUUAUUUACAAAAAAGCUAUGAACAUUUACUAGAAAUGAUUCAAUGGCGUUCUGCUAGUUUUCCCAUGUCCGACACUGAUCGUUUCCUUAGACAAAAUUUACUGAAUGGGGUGAUGUAUUGGGCGGGUAGAGAUACCUCAUUUCGUCCCCUUCUUGUUGUUCGUAUGAAACGCUUAGCAUUCCCUAUAUCUUCUAACGAUAUUAAUAAACUUAUCGUUUUUUGCUUUGAAUGGGCUAUUCAAUACCUAUUUUUCCCUGGUCAAGUCGAGUCAUGUUUAGUUCUUUUUGACCUAAGAAGUGUAGCUGUCAAUGACUUUCCCGUAAAAAUAAUUCCAGAAAUUAUUCAUCUUUUAUCACGUCAAUAUCCUUGUCGACUGAAUCAUAUGUAUGUUUUACAUGAUUCUUUUUUUUUGCAGACGGCAUGGAAAAUCGUUCGAAAUUGUCUUUCACCGAUGCAACAAGAAAAAGUAACAUUGACACGAUACGAUUUUGGUACUUUAAUUUUAAAAAAUUUUCUCCCAAAUCAAAUUGAAAAAGAUUUUGGCGGUACCCGUGAAAAUAUAACCUCAUUUUAUCCGUUCCCGUUAGCCUCCGGGCCCUAUACUUUGUCUGAACAGAAUAGCAAUUAUGUCCCAAAGCCGAACGAAUGGGUGAAAACACCUUCUUCUUGUCUUUCUGAAGCAACAAGUUUUAUGCUACGCAAAAAUUCUUUAUACGAAGAUAAUGUGUUUAAUGAGAAUCUUUAUAAAAGCUCAACACAUGAUCUUGACAAUAAAACAGACAAGAAUAAAAGAAAAUCGAUUGUAUAUAACGAUAAAACUAUAAAAAUAGUUUCCGAACGUUUUGAAAGCUCUGAUGGUUUCUUUUCAAAGCUAAAAAAUUCGUAUUCUACGCAUGAAAAUGCAAAGCCUUCCCUAGUUUUACGAGAGACACACUCUGUGGAGUUUUCACCUAGUCGGCAUAAUUUUCAAAUGGAAAACCUUACAUCACAUACAUCAAUGAUGGAAACAUUUCCAAAUUCAACUCUUUUCCCAAAACAUCAUGAAACAUGUUUCUGGUUGCCAUUUUUAAGUGAGACAUCGUUUUCGUUUUUCCCCAAUUCAAAAGAAAAAAAAUCUAAAACUAAAAUCUUUUUCUGCUUUAAGCGUGAUAAGAAAAUGAUCGGAAAAACUACGCAUAGCUUACCUCGCUGGCCUUUCGGUUUCUGAUAAUCAAAAUGUUUUUUCCAGCAAAGCGGACGCAUUUUUUCUAGUAUGGAAUUAUUAGUUUUUUGAAGUUUUUUAAUAAAUACACCAUUGAAUUGUUCUUCGUCAAUCCCUCACAAAGAACCAAACGAUAGCUAUUGGUUUAUCUACACCUCCGAAUAACUAAUCUUUUUUAUGUUUCCUACAUCGAGCCUCCAAGCGUGAAAAAAAAGAAACUUCGAUUUUUCUUUUAAUGUCAUCAAACUCUUGUAGAGCAUUACAUUUUUUUUUGUAAAUUAUUCCCAAGAAACUCAAAUUUCUACUCGUCGGCACAUUUUUAAACGAUUUCGUUGCUUCAUGAAGAUAACAUAUUCUUUUAAUUCAAAGAGAGCUUGUAACCAAAAUAGGACAGAAGCUUAUCAUGACAAAAGAAAUUUUUUUUUAAUAAACAUUUUUAAAUCCUUUAGUAAACUUUUAAUGUAAUAUGUCGGGAAAUUACGAGUUUCCUGGUUUUAAAGAUAUUCUUCUCACACAAUAUGGUUUUUAAAAUGUAAGGAAAACAAAAAUUCAUUUGAACAAUAUUUUUUUUUUGUAUAUUGGACAAAGGCGAUACUUAGUAAAAAUUAUUUUAUCAUUUUUUUUUUUAAAUCGAAAGGCAGAGUAAAACAUUCUAUGUUGCUUUUCGACGCGUGCGUGUCAAUCUGAUUUAACAUGCAAUUCAAAAGACGUUAACAGAAAUAAAAUUAUUUUUCGUGUGUUAAAAUGAACAUUACCGAUACCAUGUGACGCAUUACGUAUAUCGUUUAAGUGAAAAGCUGCAUUUGAUAAUUUUAUUCGUUUAUUAAAAUUGAAAGCGGAAAUAUUAAGGAAUUUCAUUAUUUUACUUUUACUUAACAAAGUCUAUUGGUUUUCAUUAAGUUAUAUGUGGUCACAUUCCAAAUUUUAUGAAUCCAAUAAAAGGAUGCGAUAUAAAAAAACGAAUCUUUUUGGAAGCAGUGAAACAGAAAAUGACGGUGAAUUUUCAAAUGCCUCCUCUGGCGUGAAUGAAACUUUUAUGAGUUGUAGUUCAAAUGAAUUUAUCGAGGACGAUAAUGAAUCUUAUGUAUCAGUCCAUGUACAAGAAGAAAACCAGGGUUUUUGCUCUUUGAGCGCUUUAGCAUCCUUUUGGUAUUGUUUACUUCAACAUCGACUAAAUUUUUCAUCAUCAAAUAGUUUUUGCCGAAUGUGUAUGUACCCAAAAGUGUACUAUCACAUUCUCUUAGCUGGUCCCUCAAUGAGCGGAAAAACAGCUUUCGCUCGUCGUGUAAGGUAUGGCCAAUUUAUUGAAACAUUCCCCACGAAAGGGACUGAGGUUAGUUGUGUGGAGUGGAGAGGCGUGUGUUACACACUUUGGGAUACAAGGAUGAAUAGUUCAAAAAUUGAUCAAUUCGCGUCGCCUAUUUUCGUUAAUUUUCCAAAGGAAUUAAGGAAGAAAAAAUUGUUAUUAUCAAAGUAUAAAAUGAGUGCAUUGAUUUACGUGUUAGAUGCCUCCAAUCCGGGUCGCCUACGUCUCGCUGCAAACGAUAUAGAACAGUUGCUUCGUCAACAUCGUGACAUUUCUAUCGUCUUAGUUUUGGCUGUAAAAAAAAAUCGCAAAAAUAAUAUUAAAUAUGAAGAGGUUCAAUCUAAAUUAAAUUUAUUACAAAUCGCUUAUGACCGCGAAUGUGCUAUAUCUUUUAUUUCUAAUGUUACGGGAAAAGGAAUUCACGAAGCUAUGGAUUGGGUAACGUCGAAAAUUCAACUUCAAAAUGCUCGUUAUCCGUCGUUUAAUAAUUUUUUCUUGCCUUUAUUGAAUCAUACUCAUUUAUGUAGCCGAUUGUCUUUGAACUAAUCGUUUCGUAGCGUUUCUAUGAAAAAAAGAAAACGAAGAGUCGUCAUUGAACUUUGUCUCGUCAUGCCAUCGUCUCACAUAAAAAGUACUAUCCACUAUGUUUCGACAAAAUAAAUGAAAUGUAAACUUUUACAAAAAUAAAUGGAAAUCUUUAAUACUUAUAAAAGUUUCUUAAUGUUUAAUUUAAUUUUUUAAUGAUUGUUCAAUAUUCGUUUUACUUUAUGUAAAAUGAAAAAAUGAUUUAAUGAAAGCUUGUAUUUUAGGUAAUUAUGAAAUGCAUAAAAAUUUAUUUCACAUGAAACAAACGAUGAACUUUCUACUUCUUC